UUCACCUUCGGCUCCUACCGGCUGGGCGUCCACACGAAGGGGGCCGACAUCGACGCCCUGUGCGUCGCUCCGAGACACGUCGACCGAAGCGACUUUUUCACGUCAUUCUAUGAGAAACUGAAGCUGCACGAAAACGUCAAAGACUUAAGGGCCGUGGAAGAGGCGUUUGUGCCCGUUAUCAAGCUAUGCUUUGAUGGGAUAGAGAUUGAUAUUUUGUUUGCAAGAUUAGCACUGCAGACCAUUCCAGAAGAUCUGGACCUGCGAGAUGACAGUCUGCUUAAAAAUUUAGAUAUCAGAUGCAUCCGAAGCCUGAACGGUUGCCGGGUAACCGAUGAGAUUUUGCACCUCGUACCAGACAUCGACAACUUCAGGCUAACGCUGAGAGCUAUCAAGCUGUGGGCCAAGUGCCACAAUAUCUAUUCCAAUAUAUUAGGUUUCCUCGGAGGCGUCUCCUGGGCCAUGCUCGUGGCCAGAACCUGCCAGCUCUAUCCCAAUGCUGUCGCCUCGACUCUCGUCCGCAAAUUUUUCUUGGUCUUUUCCGAGUGGGAGUGGCCAAACCCCGUGCUGCUGAAGGAGCCUGAAGAGCGGAAUCUCAACCUGCCCGUGUGGGACCCGCGGGUCAACCCCAGUGACCGCUACCAUCUGAUGCCCAUAAUCACUCCGGCCUACCCGCAGCAGAACUCCACGUACAACGUGUCGGUGUCCACGCGGAUGGUCAUGGUCGAGGAGUUUAAACAAGGGCUGGCCAUCACACACGAGAUCCUGCUCAGUAAGGCAGAGUGGUCCAAACUGUUUGAAGCCCCGAACUUCUUUCAGAAGUACAAGCAUUAUAUUGUGCUUUUAGCCAGUGCACCAACAGAAAAACAGCAUCUAGAGUGGGUGGGUUUAGUGGAAUCAAAAAUCCGAAUUCUGGUUGGAAGCUUAGAGAAGAAUGAGUUUAUUACCCUGGCUCAUGUCAACCCCCAGUCGUUCCCAGCACCCAAAGAGAAUCCUGACAAGGAGGAAUUUCGUACAAUGUGGGUGAUUGGACUGGUGUUGAAAAAACCAGAAAAUGCGGAAAAUCUCAGUAUUGAUCUCACCUAUGACAUGCAGUCUUUCACUGAUACAGUUUAUAGGCAAGCAGUCCUCAACAAGAUGUUUGAGGUGGACAUGAAAAUCGAUGCGGUGCACUUACGGAGGAAGGACCUCCACCAGCUCCUGCCCAAUCAUGUGCUUCAGAAGAAGAAAAUACACUCAGAGGAGGGCUUCCACCUGACGGCCCGGAGUGACAGCAGCCUGGACCUGUCUGUGGGCAGUGACGAUGGUUUGCCCACCCAGUUGCAUGCCAGCAAUGGAAAGACCAGCCCAGUGGUGGGCAGCACUCUGGGCAGGAACAGUCCUGCCCCAGCCGUGAUGGCAGCAUCUGGGACCAGCAGUCAGGUGGCUGAGGUGGCCAUGCCACAGGUCAGUGGUGGUGAAGGUUCAGGGGGCUUAUUCAGUGAAAGCAUUCUUCAUACUGUCAUGCAGCCCACCAUCUCUCCACCCCCCAAGGCCACAGUUAACAGAGUUGUUUCUUCAACCUGCCUGGUGAACCAUGACCCAGACCUUCAGGAAAUGCAGCAACUGAAGUACCUAAUCCUAUUGUAG